AAUUAGAGCGGAAAAUUCUCCCGGUGCGAGCCCUUCCCUGUUUUGUCCGAGACCCUGGAUUUGUCCAUUUUGAUCCAACGGGUCUGGCCCCUUUGGGAAGAUUCCGUCAUCGCCGCGUUUCAGCUCGAGGCUCAGCUCAGCCCUAUUCGGGCGGGUCAGCGAGGCUGAUGGCAGCCGGACAUCUCGAUUAGCUUGUGGCCGCGCCGGUGCGCCGACGAGAUGAUGACGACAACGCGAGGUGGAGUGAGGUCAACACACAUUUACCGGCGCUGCAGACAUAUGAAUACUGUCGGCAGAAGCUGUGUGCAUUCCUAGACUUCUCAUUCCUUCAACAAACCUUCUUCACAUCCAAAAGCCGUCAAGUCGGGGCGCGUGCGAACUCUCCCAUACCCACUAUUCAACAUCAGACUCUUUUAAACAUAAUCAAAAUGAGUUUCGGCGACAAGGAAGAGCCCAUUGCCAUCAUUGGGGCGGCGUGCCGUCUCUCUGGCGAUGUGUCUGCCUUAGGCGACCUGUGGGACAUGAUCAGCAAAGUCAAGACUGGUCACUGCAAGGUCCCAGCCGACCGGUGGGAUGGCGAUGUCAUGUUCCACCCCGACCCCGACAGGAAGGGUGGUUUAGCUGUGAAGCACGGCUACUUCCUCCAGCAGGAUAUCAGCCACUUUGACGCCCCUUUCUUCUCCACGACAGCCAAGGAGGCCGCUGCCAUGGAUCCGAUGAAGCGACUUCUCCUGGAGGUCAGCUACGAGUGUAUCGAGAACGCCGGUAUCCCCGUCGAGAAGCUGUACAACUCUCAAACAGGAUGUUAUGUCGGAUGCAUGAACAACGACUACGAGAUGCUAUCUCUACAUGAUAUUUAUGAUAUCGGCCACACUGCUGCCUCGGCCACCAGCGAGGCCAUGACGGCCAAUCGUGUCUCGUGGUUCUAUGGCCUGAAGGGCCCUAGUUUGACCCUCGAUACCGCCUGUUCCUCCAGCUUAUACGCGCUGCACUUGGCGUGCCAGUCGCUCAAGCUAAAGGAGACUGACAUGAGCCUGGUGGCUGGUGUCAACUUACUCAUCAACCCCAACACCAUGCACCAACUGUCAGCCAUGCACAUGUUGAGUCCAGAGGGAAUUUCUCACACUUUCGACGAUCGGGCGAACGGUUACGGGCGAGGCGAAGGAAUUGGCUGCCUGGCUGUGAAGCGGUUGUCAGACGCCAUCCGGGAUGGCGAUACUAUCCGCGCCGUCAUUCGUCACACCGGCGCCAACGCCGAUGGCAAGACACCAAGCAUCACGCAGCCCAGCUCCGAGGCGCAGGCUGAGCUGAUCAAGAGAACCUACGAGAUGGCCGGGUUGCCACUCUCGUCUACACAAUACUUCGAAUGCCACGGCACUGGCACUCCUGUUGGUGAUCCUAUCGAGCUUAGGGCGAUCGCAUCGACUCUGGGAGCUGCUCGCACGAAGGAGGGUCUCGGACCCCUCUAUAUUGGCAGUAUCAAGCCUAAUGUCGGCCAUACCGAGGGCUGCUCCGGUCUUGCGGGUGUUUUCAAGGCCCUGGUUUGCCUCGAGAAGGGAAAAUUGGUGCCAACGUAUGGUGUCGAGCAAGUGAAUCCCAAGCUUACCUUCAAGGAAUGGAACCUCGCCCUGCCCGAGACGACAAUCAACUGGCCCAGCAGAGGGCAGCGCCGGGUUAGCGUCAACUCAUUCGGCUUCGGCGGCGCCAACGCCCAUGUGAUCCUCGACGACGCUUACCACUACCUGAAGGCCCGGAGCCUUCCGGGGAACCACGCUACUGCGAUAGUAGAUGACGACUACUCAAACUCCGACUCUGGUCUCAGCUCGGGCAGCUCGACUCCUUUGGGUCCCGAUGAUUUGGAUGAUACCACUAAGCGACUAUUCGUAUUUAGCUCAGCGGACAAGGCUGGUAUCGAGAGGAUCGAAUCCGUGUACGGCGACAAGCUUGGAGGAUUGAGCUUGUCCAAGGUGGAGCCUACCUAUUUCACCAACCUUGCCUACACGCUUGCGUCGCGACGGACGCAUCAAGACUUCCGAAGUUUCGUCGUAGCCUCGUCAUUCCCAGAGCUCGCCCAGGCCCUGAUCAGCAAGAGGCUCCCUAAGCUCAAGAGGUCGCAACGGCAAGGCAACAACCUAACGUUCGUCUUCACCGGCCAGGGUGCCCAGUGGCCCGCGAUGGGUAGGGAGUUGCUGAGCAACCGCGUGUUCGAAUCCAGCGUGCGGGCUUCUCAGUCUUAUUUAGAGGCCCUGGGAUGCAAAUGGAAUGCCAUCGAGGAACUGCAGAAGGUGCAGGACUCGAGGAUAUCCCGUCCCGAAUUCAGUCAAACGCUCUGCACGGUCCUCCAAGUCGCGUUGGUCGAUCUCCUACGCCACUGGAACGUUAUUCCUAAGGCGACAGUCGGACACUCUAGCGGUGAGAUCGGCGCAGCUUACGCAGCAUCGUACAUCUCGCAUGCCGACGCCAUUAAGAUCGCGUAUGUGCGUGGUAUCAGCUCCGAAAAUGUCCCUCGUAAGGGUGCCAUGAUGGCUGCUGGUGUUUCCCGGGAGGAGGCUCAGCAGUACCUCAGCGAGUUGCCGCACGAGGCUGCUGUGGUUGCUUGCCAUAACAGCCCGUCUAGCGUGACCCUCUCCGGUGAUGUCGAUGCUAUUGACGCUCUCGAGAAGAGGAUCUCUGAGGAUGGGAAGUUCGCGCGCAAGCUGAAGGUGUCUACGGCUUACCACUCCCCACACAUGCGUGAUGUUGCCCAAGGCUACUUGGAGAAGAUGGGCCACAUUCAACCCCUGUCUGGUAACGGCGUGACCAUCAUGUAUUCUUCUCUUACUGGAAAGUUGGCCUCGCCGACAGAGCUUGACGCCAAGUACUGGGUAUCCAACAUGUGCGCCCCCGUUGAGUUCUCCACGGCCGUUGCGGGCCUUCUGUCGGCCACCACCCAAGCCCCGGGCGGAAAGAGGAAGACUCCCAUCAAGUGGAGCGGUUUCGUAGAAGUCGGCCCCCAUUCUGCCCUACAGGGCCCGGUGCAGCAGAGCAUUGCUGCUAGCAAGAGUAACACGGCUAAAGAAGCUCCCUACUACUCUUUGAUUCUACGGGGCAGGGACGCGAACACGACGGCACUCACCGCAGCCGCCAACAUUUGGUCCCUUGGUGUUGAUGUUGAUCUUUUACGUGUGAACGGGAUUGAUAGACACUCGACGUUGGUGGUUCCUAAGGUGCUCACGGACCUGCCGCCUUACCCGUGGAACCACAGCCGGAAGUUCUGGCACGAAGCUUAUAUCUCUAGGUCCAAUCGCUUCCCCAAGGCACCCCGGACUGAUCUUCUCGGCGUCCCCGAAGAUCUCCAGAACCCCAUGGAGCCCAGAUGGCGAAACCACCUGCGGAUCUCGGAGAACCCAUGGAUCGAAGACCACAAGAUUACCGGAACGGUACUGUUUCCCGCUGCGGGUAUGCUUGUCAUGGCUCUCGAAGGCGCCAAGCAAAUGGCCGACGCUUCCAAGACAAUCCAAGGCUUCCGAUACCGCAAUGUCAACUUUGAGCGUGGCUUGGUUGUUACUACGGGAGAUGAGUCGGCGGUUGAAACUCGUCUGAGCCUCCUUCCUGACGAAUCCGUGCCAGGACAGUUCAAGUUUACCGUGUACUCCACCAGCACUGGGACCUCCUGGACGAAGCACUGUAGCGGGCAACUUCAGCUCGAGUAUGACAACGGCCAGAGUGAGGUAGAGUCCGGCACGGACGCUGCCUGGUCUGAGCAGACGCAGUUCCUCAAGAAGAUCACCGCUGCAGAAGCGACUGAGGAUGUGGAGGUUGGCGGUUUUUACGACCACCUUGAGACCAUCGGCAUGCAGUACGGACCCUUGUUCCGCAAUGUCAUCUCUCUCACUGCCGUUCCUUCGGAGAAUGCGUCUCACGGUACCGUGAUUCUUCCUGACACCCUGUCAUCCAUGCCGGCCAACUUUGAGUACCCGCACGUGAUGCACCCCGCCACUAUGGACUCCAUCUUCCAUCUCGUGCUGGCAGCUUUCAACGGCGGCAAGCCUAUUACGGAGGCAUCCGUCCCCUACCACAUAGAAGAGAUGUAUGUGGCUGCCGACCAGCCGCACGGAGCCAACAGCCGAUUCAAGGGCUAUGGCCGUCUGGUCUCAAGCUCCAUGGGCGGUCACGAAACAGUGGGUGACCUAGUUGUCUCGGACGAGAACUGGUCCGCUCCCAAGCUCAUUGUCACCAACUUCGCUCUACGCCGUGUCGCUACGGGCGAGGAGGGCGCCGGCGUCGCCGGUAAUGAUGAGGGCGAGAAGAAGUGCGCUCGUGUUGAGUGGCUGGAAGACGUCGACUUCGUCAAGACCGACGAGGAGCUCAGCCGCCUCGCAGCUGCGGAUGUUACCGGCGGCGUGAUUUCCUGGCUGGACCGUAUUUCCCACAAGAAGGUUGUCGGCAAACUUUUGUUGGUUCUUAGCGAGCAGUCUGAGCGCGCGUCUGAGGUGAUUAAGGCCCUGAAGGAACGUGUUGGGCGCCGCCCAGGAUUUGAGAAGAUCACAGCCGUUAUCACGGAGCCCUCCGCUCAGGACGCUCUGGUUGAGGCAUUUGCGGGUCUUGAGGUCGAUAUCCAGGCCUGGAACCCCAGCAGCGAAGACGAGUUCCCUGGUGCGAAUGGCGGUUAUGAUGUCGUUCUAGCAGUUGGCGCGGGAGAGCAGCCAGCCGUUGUGAAUAAGAUCCACACUGCGCUGUCUACCGAUGGCCAACUUCUUGUUGUAUCGACAGCUCAAGUUGAUGCUAUCAAGAAUUCUCUGGGUGGCCUCGGAUUCGAGAAGGUUCUGGCCAGUGAAUCAGGUGUCCUAGUUGCCAGCAAGCCGGCAAGCAAGGCUGCCGAGGAUCGUCCCUCUGAGGUCUAUCUCCUCCUCCCCACCCACCCUUCCGCCGAACUCGCACAGCUUUCCCUGACCUUCAUCGAGCGUCUUGCUUCUCUCGGUGUUACCACUCACACGACCACGCUUGUGCCCAAAGAUGCGCAAGAUCUAGCCUCCAAGCACAUCAUCUCCCUCCUCGAAAUCGAUUCCCCUCUUAUCUACUCGUGGAACGCAGAUGAGUUCGCGGCCUUCAAGGCUCUUAUGCAAGCUAAGCAUCUUCUCUGGGUCACCAAGGGAAGCUUGCUUGAGUCAUGGUCGGCUGGCGUCGAGUUUGCACCAGCUCAGGGUCUGCUGCGUGUGAUGCGUAACGAGUACACGCUGGCUACGCUGCCUCAUUUUGACCUGUCUGCAGCGUUUGACCUCACUAAGCCCUCUAACGCGGAGCUGAUCGCCCAGGUCUGGGCGUCGUCCCUGUCCGAGGAUGCCGAGAUGGAAUAUGCAGAGCUAAACGGAGCGAUCCACAUCCCUCGCGCGGUUGACGAGGCCGGGUUUGACACCGAAUUACAGCGCUACAGUGGCCAGGCUAAGCCCGUUCUUACUCCCAUCCGUGGAAACAAGCACUUGAGGCUCGGGUCAGCUGCAAAUGUCUGGGUAGAGGACAACGAGGCUUCGCUGCCCCUUGCGAAUGAUGAAGUCGAGAUUGACGUCGAUUUUAUCGGUAUCUCUGACGGUGUAGCGCGCGAGGCCACGGGCGUGAUUGCUAAGCGUGGUCGCGAUGCUAAGACCUUCAGUGUUGGCCAGAGGGUUGUGACGUUCGGCACUGACGCCUUGAAGACAAGGCUCCGACAGAAGUUAACACACGUCGCCGCGGCGCCUUCUGGCCUCAACCCCGCGGAGGUCGCCGCUCUUCCAAAUGUCUUCAUCGCCGCGCAAUACGCUCUUACAGUGGUUGGCGGUGUCACUUCCGGAAGCAGAGUCCUUAUUCACGACGCUGGCAGCCCCUUGGGUGUUGCUGCUGUGCAGGUUUCCAAGUCCGUCGGUGCCGAAGUCUUCGCGCUAGUUGCAUCCAAGGACGCGAAGGAGGCUCUGGUACGACGAUAUGGCCUCUCAGCGGAGCGAAUUUUUGACUCCAACCUGAUUAAUUUCAUUACUGCUAUAAGACAGGCCACCAAUGGUCACGGCGUUGAUGCCGUCCUGGUUGGCACACCUGGCCCUGCUGUUCAGCCAUCUUUGGCUGCUCUCUCUGACUUUGGAACAGUACUGGAUCUGAGUGCUGCCACCAACACUAAUACACCCCAGAUUAACCUACCAGCAUCUAAGAAAAACGCUUCAUUACUGCGCAUCGACAUGAGCCAUAUCCAGGCUGCCAGGCCACAGACAGUCGUCAAUCUCUUCCAGGCCACAUUCAACGGCAGCCUUACUCCUGUUGCUCCUGUCAUCAACGUUUUCCCAGUGAGCCAGCUGUCUGCUGCUCUGGACGCCAAACAUGAUAAGAUCGUCGUUUCAUUUGGCAGCAACGAUCGGGUUCUGACGCCGUCGCCUCCGGUGGCCCCACUGACGCUUGACGCCAACGCCACUUAUGUCCUCGCUGGAGGUCUCGGUGCUCUCGGUUUGAACAUCGCGAAGAUGAUGGUCGGUUUCGGGGCGAAGCACCUCGUAUUCCUGUCCCGAUCUGGCGGGAGCAAAAACCAGAAGGAUCUUGAGGAGUUCAAGAACCAAGGAGUACUCGCCGAGGCCUUCAAGUGCGAUGUCAACGACGCAGUGAGUGUCCAGACCGUUUUUGACGGAUUGAGGAAGCAACAGAAAGUGGUGAAGGGUCUGAUUCAGUGCGCCAUGGUUCUCGAGGAUUCAAUCUUCGAUAACAUGACGUUCGAUAAGUGGUUCGGCGCCUUCCAACCCAAGACCAGAGGCUCUCGCAAUCUGCUGUCGCAGCUCUCGUCCGAUGUGUCUCCUUUCUUCGUAUUGCUAUCGUCCAUCACUGGUGUCAUUGGUAACACGGCCCAAGCCAACUACGCCUCGGGCAACACGUUCGAGGAUGCCCUCGCCCAUCACGCGCGCCGUUAUCUCGGCAUCCGGGCGACGAGCAUUGACGUCGGCCUCGUGACUGACUCGUCGCAUUUUACGUCCGCAGGCGAGUUCGGAGACCUCGACGGCUAUUUGGGCCGUUACUCCCACGGCUGGGUCGGUCUACGGUGCACUGUUGAGGAACUCAAGGUUGCUAUCGCGGCGGUUAUGCGCGGCAACACCCCGACCGCCGACGACGUCCCUGCUCAGUUCGUCCUCGGCCUCGGCGAUCAACUCGUCCGCGAGCCUGGCACGACGGGCUUCGUGAGGGACCUCAAGUUCGAGCUCCGAUUGGCCAGCAACAGCGGGGGUGCCAACGACGCCGAGGGCGCCAAUCGGGGCCCUAGUGUCGUCGAACGGCUGUCGAAGGCGACAAGCCAGGCCGAGGCUGCGGCGGCCGUCGAGGAUAGCCUCAAGGCCCAGAUCGGUGCCGCCAUCGGCAUCGAGGCCUCCGAGGUCGAUGUGCAGAAGCCGCUGCCGGAAUUCGGAGUGGAUUCGUUGAAGGCUGUCGAGAUGCGCAACCGCGUGCUCAAGGAGAUGAAGAGCGACAUCUCGGUGUUCGAGCUCCUGAGCGCAAGCCCCCUCGCUGAGCUGGCGGUCAAGAUCGCAUCGAGGAGCAGCCUGGUCAAGGCCGAGGCUGGGAAGGCUGAGUAGUUACGCCGGCGCGAGUGCGGACAGCGAGUCCUAAUUCAGCAUGCCCGGUUGAGAUCGGCUAGAUUCUCAGCCGGCAGGUGAGGGCCAUCG